UUACAUCACAUGCAAGCUGCAGGCCGCGAAGAUGGAAGAACGAAAUGUGUGAUGUUGGAACUGUGAAGCUUUAUCUUUAGAUUUUGAAUUCAUCUACACAUUUCCGUUUAUCAUAAACAUGUUUGUAACACGACAUAUUCCAGCGGAACACAAAGAUCUCAUUCAUGAUGUAUCAUACGACUUUCAUGGAAAUCGCAUGGCUACAUGCUCAAGUGACCAAACAGUGAAGGUUUGGGAUCUUGGUGAAGAUGGUCAGUGGAAUUGCACAGCAAGUUGGAGAACUCACAGUGGAUCUGUGUGGCGGGUGACCUGGGCCCACCCUGAGUUUGGACAGGUCAUUGCCACCUGCUCGUUUGACCGGACAGCUGCAGUUUGGGAAGAGAUCAUUGGGGAGUAUGGCAAGGGUAACCAGAGCAACUGGGUGAAAAGGUCAAGUUUGGUUGACAGUCGAACUUCUGUCACCGACGUCAAAUUUGCUCCAAAACAUUUAGGACUACAACUGGCUACAUGUUCUGCUGAUGGAACAGUCAGAAUAUACGAGGCUCCAGAUGUAAUGAACUUGAGCCAGUGGUCGCUCCAGAAUGACAUACAGACCAAACUUAGCUGUAGCUGUCUCUCAUGGAACAUGUCUAGAAUGCACCCACCUAUGAUUGCAGUUGGAAGUGAUGAUGCCAGCCCAUCGGGUGGGGGUAAAGUUCAGAUCUACGAAUACAAUGACAAGACCAGAAAAUGGGUGAAAGUUGAAACAAUCAAUAUAGUGACAGAUCCUGUACAUGACAUUGCCUUUGCUCCAAACCUAGGGCGGUCUUAUCAUCUACUGGCUGUAGCUUCUAAAGAUCUCAAAGUGAUCAGCCUCACACCUCUCAGCACCAGGGAUGCCCCUCUAGCAGCUAAUCAGGUGAACAGCAACAAGUUCACCAUUAAGAGAGUGGCAGAGUUCACAGAUCAUGAAUCAGAGGUGUGGAGAAUAUGUUGGAAUGUGAUUGGGACGGUGCUGGCCUCCUCAGGGGACGAUGGCUGUGUCAGGCUCUGGAAAGCAAACUAUCUAGACAGCUGGCGAUGUAUGGCAGUUCUGAAAGGGGACGGGACACAUCAGCAAGACAUGGACCGCUUGUCAGGGCUUGCUGCCCUUUCUCAGCAACCAAGCUUCAACAGUAACGCACAGACAGACAUGGGUGUGAGCGGCAGCGUCAGAUCUCCACCUCCUGUAAAAGGGAACAUGAACAUAAAGAGAAACUCGGGAUGGCCAAACUUCAACACAAAAAAGGACCAAGGCAAGAUGUACUACUGACCCUGUCUGACGAGUGAUAACACUUAUAACAAUGUUUCGAGAAGAAGGUUGACUGUCCAACAUGUAUUAUUUAGUCAUUUUAUUGUGUAAAUAACAGUUAUACAUUAACAUAUGCAUCCUGUGUACCAACAAAGUUGAAAGAUAUAAUCAAAGUGGCAGAAAAUGCUUUUAAAUGCACAAACAUUAUAAGAGAUAUAUAUAAAGUUAUAAACUACUACAUUUUCAAUGUCCCAGUCGAUGGCUUUUAAGUGGAAAACUUCAGGGACAAUUAUAUGUAUGACCAUUAUUGUAUUUUUCUGUAAUUUCAUUUUGAGAUAUUUACAUUUUGCUCAUUUACAAGUCUUAACCAUUUAUAAUUUUGUGAGUUAUUUCCCUUUAAUCAUGUGUAGAAACACCAUAAAUGUGUUCAUUUUUGUCUGGGAUAAUUACUGAACGCUUCAUCACUCCCUACCCAUGAGACAAUUGUGACAUGUUUUAUUGACAAUACUCUCUCACACUGGAAACCUCAAAUCAUCCAUUUACUAGAAAAUGUAUGCACUAUUUUCUGUCAC